UGUGACAACCCUUCUGUAAAUCAUCAUGGCUGCCGCGCUUGCAGAAAUUAAGCAAGAGAUGACAUGACUUCGGCUUUUCUAACGAUGUUUGUUUGGGUAAAAUGAUAAAUUCAUUGACAGGAGAUCAUUACUGACAUUAGAAAAAAGAAGGAAAAAUGGCAGCUGAGGUAGAAACCAAGAAAGCCAAGUGGGGUGAUGGAUUUGUGUACCGUAGAACUCAAGCCAUGCCAAAGAACACCCUGUUUGGGUCUAUGCUUGAAAAAAGGGAUGAAGUCGAACUGAAAAAACUUGGAGAGAUGGAUUUGGAUGCUUACGAUUUGGAAAGCAAACCAAGGCAAAGAGUCAGAGAUCCACCUCCUGCCCUCAGCUUUAAGAUAAAAGAUGAUUCGAAAAUAAAACAAGCACAAAGAGAACUUGAACAGCGAUUAAAAAGAACAAAAGAUGCGGAGCAACGUUUGGCGAUGAUGGAAGCGCAUGCACGUUAUUACCCAAAAGACAUCAGUACAGAUCAACGGAACCCCAAACCAGGCCAAUUCAUUGAUGCUAGACCUCAUCAAUGGAUUACAGAGAUGGACCUGGGACAUACAAGUGACAUAAAUAUCUUUGGUGUCAAUCGAAACACAAAAUCAUUCAACAGAGACAAAUACGAAGAGUUACCUCCAGUACAUAAAUAUGCUUUAAUCGGUGAUGUCUUGCGGCCAGGGAUGGAUUUCACAGCAAAGAAACCGCAAACAUCCCCAAUGGAAGAACGAAAGCAAAUUGAUGCCGAUAUGUAUGACAGUCACUAUUCAAAAAUGUAUGGCCAUCGGAAACAACAUUCGAGCAAUGCUUUAGAUUUAGGUCUCGCUGUGCAACUUCCUGUUAACAUCCAACAUCAAUUUGGCACAAAGGUUUGUCAGAAUCUACUCUCUGACAAUGAUAAAGUUCAGAAUACUUUAAAGGAACAACAGAAACGAAAAGAAAGCUUUCUUCGCAGUAGGCAACAGCGGCCUCCAAUCAGGGAUGUGAAACCAUCUGGAUCCCCGGGCUACGUUGCUUUGGGUAACGCUACGAGGCAUAACGUUUUCCCAGGAUACACCUUCGGUAACCAAAGAAGUCUGAUGAAGAGUGCCUAUACGAGGGAUGUCCAUGACCGACAUGAUCCAGAUCCGGAUCAGUACAGAUGUAGGAGAGAUGAGCUCAGCACUUGGGCAGAAAGCAAUGUUCUCCGUGAGCGAAUGAAGAAAAGUUUUGCAGUUUACUUAGAGUCGCAACCUCAAAUGGAACGAAACUGGGAUCCCAAAGCGCGACGCCCCCCUGCUACUGCACCGACGAGACAACAGAAACCCAGACCCAAAAAGAAGGAACCUCAAGCAGGAAAGAGUGAUAUUCAGUUUGAUGAUGAUAUUAAGUUUGUGACGCCACCCCUGACCCCUCCACCUCCCCCUCCAGAGCUCGUGACGGCCGAGCCUGUUCAAAGGGACGAUGAUUUCUGGGAUUUUUACGACCAGAAAACAUAGUCAAGGGAGCUUACUUGUCAAGUGGUCCCAAUCCUAGUCAGCGUAUGUCCUUUUGACAAACUGUUGUCUCACUUGGCUAUAUUGUACUUUUGACCGAGCCUGUCAUUUCAAUUAACAGCCAAGAAAUUAUACUGAAAAAUGUAUGUUAGAGUCCCAACCCAGACAUGAGGUCAUCUUGUUAACAAUGUAGUGUGCCUGCAGUAUAGAUUGAAUCUUUUCACUUGAACCUACAUGCAGAGAGACAGUUAAGACAGGUUCAUGGUGGAACUGGAUGAAAAUAGAUGUAAUGUAAGUUCAAGGGAAAAUAUUCAAUCUAGACUAUUUGUUACACAGGCUGAACAAAUAUGCACUUUUGUAAGUUAUAUCAUUGUGCCAUUUUGAUACAAUAUAUGUCGUUGAGGCAGAAGCAUUAUGUUUGGCUAUUUUAUAUAUAAAGUUUGGUACACUUAUACAAAGGAAAGCACACCAUGACAAAUAUUUUUUCACAUCAUUUAGCAUAGCGUCACUGUGGUGGUCUUUUUACCAAAAAAUCUGGUUAAAAUUGUCAAAACAUUUAGAGUGUCAUGUCAUCCAAAUGUCUAAUUGCACAAAAGUAAAGCACACAAUGGAAUAUUGGAUUAUUGACAAUCUUUUACUGUUGAAGCAUGUCAGUUCCUAGUAUUUCUCAUGCCAUCAUGGAAUGCCAAAAUGUUACAUUUAUACCCGUAUUUCCCUUCCAAUAGAACACUGUUUGGCCAAAAGCACUUUAAUAAAGCACGUGUAACUCCACUGAUAAUUUAAUGUAGGAGCUUCUUUCCAAUUUGUUUUGUCUCAUUUACAAAAAAAACUAUGUUGUACAUGUACAAAUUUUUACAAAUUGUGAUACAUGUAUUUUGAUAUACAUUGAUUGUUUGCUUGAAGAUGACAAUAAAUACCAGUAAGUUAACCUUAAAACAAAAUCUUAUUUCAAUCCGUCACGGUCAGUAAAUGUUGCUUGAAAGCAACAUUGACUUAUGGAGUGGACAACCAAUAGUCUUCACUGAUGAAAGCAAGAUGUGACGAAAAAGCAGUGAGACUAUUGAUUAAUCCCUGAAGAUAGCGCAGCGAGUCAUGUACCUUUUCAGGCUGUGAGAACAUUGAAACAA